AUGGAAUCGGGGAAACAAAAGGGCCCAGCUGGCGGAUUCGACAGCACCCCCAUACCCCGAGCGCCGCCUGGCUACACAGUCAAGAUCACCUUCCAUCGCGCGACGAACCUCCCAGUCGCAGACAUUAAUACGAUCUCCUCCGAUCCCUACAUCCUCGCGCAGGUAGAUACGGGUCUCGUGAUGCGACAUAAGGAAGACCCCCCGCUGGUAUUGCGAACAAAGACAAUUCGCCAGAACACAAAUCCAGAAUGGGAGACAGAGUGGGUAUUGGCUAAUAUCCCAUCCUCGGGGUUCAAAAUGAAGUGCCGCAUCUACGACGAAGACCCUGCCGAUCACGAUGACCGUCUUGGCAAUGUUCACGUCGAUGUCGGCCCGAUAAAUGAGAAUUGGCCUGGGAUAAAAGAUCAAGAGUACCCGGUGAAGAAGCGGAUGGGAAGCAAGCGUGCAUAUUUGCUGCGCAGUUUGGCUGUCUGCUUUGGAAAGGUCGAGCACAUGAACGGCCAUCUGUGGGUUAGUGUUGAGGUGCUCGGGAAGACCCAGGACGAGAAUGGUGGGCGUGCAUACACAAUUGGUCCUCAAUACUGGAUACGACAUUACUCGCCGCUGCUGGGACGGAUCUUGGGACAAAAGACGCCCGGCGAGAACGAGAGUUCGGGGACUGGCAAACCCGGGGCUUCGAAAUACAAUUUCCAAGCGAACCAAAUGCAGCUCCGCGGGCCGGUUCCCGAUGCCAUGUACCACCGCUAUGUUGAAUUCAAGCCUUUCGUAAAGGCAAUGUUUACAUCUAAGGGCGUCAGGGGCUACAUUCUAUCGAAAGCGCUACACCACCAGCAUGCGCGCGUUUACAACUUCGAUUCCAAUACUGAAUACGAGGUGUUCCAGGAGCCGUGCAGAGAGUUCACACAGAAGUUCCUCGAUCUAGUGCAUCAUGAUCAAGGUGGGCGCAUAUUUACUUACGUCCUAACCCUCGACUCCCUCUUUCGCUUUACGGAAACCGGUAAAGAAUUCGGUAUCGACAUGUUGUCGAAACACACCAUGCAUAGCGACGUAUCCACGUACAUAGCGUUUUCUGGUGAAUUCUUCAUCCGGCGUCUUAAACAUAAAUAUCGCGAGCCACCCGAGGAGGGCGGUCACAACAAAGCGCAUCCUCCAGACGAGAUCUCUGACGGUCCUCCAAACGACGAGCCGAAGAAAGACCCAGGGUACUAUGAGCUAGUGAUCGACAAUGACUCCGGCACGUACAGGCCGAACGCCAAGCUUCUCCCGGAGCUAAAAACCUUCUUUGAACAUAACUUCCCGGGUCUCCAUGUCAUCACUCUAGAUUGCCAAGCGGAUGAGGAGAAAAUGGGCGAGAUGAAGGAGCAGCAGCGCGAGCGGAAGAAGAAGGAGGGUGAUCAUAUUGUCUACACACAGAUAUCCCGCACGAGCUCAAUGAGUAGUAGUGACGUUGAGGAGUUAGACCGUAUGGAGCAGGCUGGUCAGAUGUCGGAGCGACACCUCAGACACACAAUAAAGAGAGAGGCAGGUGCGAAGAUAGAUGCAGCAAAGUUCCAUUUGAAAGAUUAUAAACCCAGUAAAAAUCGCGAGGGAUGGAGAGGUUCAAAACACCAGCCUGGGCAGGAUGAUGAGGCUGUUAAGACGGCGAGGGAAAACCAUGAACAAGCGGGAGAGGCUUCAACUUCUAAAGAGAAGAAGGAGGAUUCAAGGUAG